AUGUCGAUCAGAUGUUAUCAGUCAGCUACGCGAAUCGUCUCUUUUCUUGGCCGUCUGUUUCGCUCUCUGCCUGUUUGUCGAUUUAAAAGGGCAGGGGACGAGAAUAAGGGCAUUUUUUCUUUUCUUUUUUCUUUCUUCUUUCUUUUUUCUUUCUUUCUUUCUUUAUGUUUCUUUCACUUUCUUUCAUUCUUUCUUUCUUUCAUUCUUCGUUAUUUUUCAUUUACAUAUCUUCUUAAUUUACUUCUUCUUUCUAAUUUCUUCCUUUCCUUAGAACCAUUAAUCUUUUCUUUUUUUCAUGCUUUCUUUUCUUUUCUUUUCUCUCUUUCUUUCUUUCUUUCUUUCAGGCUCAGUUCCUUUCUUUCUUUUUUCUUUCAUAUUUCUUAUCGCGCCUUAGUUAUUUACUCUCUUUCUUUUUCCAUAUUUUCUUUCAUUUUGUCUCAGCUUCUUUCUUUCUUUCUUUUUUUCUUUCUUUCUUUCUUUCUUUCUUUUUUUCUCUUUUCUCUUUUCUUUCUUUCGCUCUUUCUUUCCUUCUUUCUUUCGCGUCAGUUUCCUUCUAUCUUUCUUUUCUUUCUGGCUUUUUUUCAUUUUUCACACGUUAUUUUUUCUUUCUUUCUUUCUUUUUUCUUUUCCCAUAUUUUCUUUCCUUUUAACUCAACAUUUUCUUUUCUUUCCUUUCCUUUCUUUCUUUCUUUCUUUCUUUCUUUCUUUCUUUCUCCCAUUUUUCUUCCUGGCGAUCUUUCUGUCUUUCCUUUAUUUUUCUCAUUCAUUAUUUUCCCUUUUCCCCUCAUUCCUUUUCAUUCGACUCUAAAACACAUCCCAUCUUUCUUUCUUGACCUUUCUUAUCAUUCCUAUAAGAACCCCAAUUCUCCCAUACCACCAUUUUGGCAAGCAAGCCUCCCGCCUGUCAGCGAAAAACUUAUCAGCUUUUUCCAAUUCCCAAGCGAUGCCGAUGGAACACAAAUAUGGCGGCGAUCAAAAAUCGAGAUAAACGCGUGUUCAUUUUUCGCCGGCCAUAUUGAGGCGUGUCGUUCGCUCACCGCCCGCUAUAAUCCCUUCUGUCCACUUUCGACCUUUCUCUUUUGUUCUGGCUUUUCUUUUGGUGCAAAUGGUGAUGGUGCAGUUCUUUUUCACCAUCACCAUUUGCACCAAAAUAACUGCACCAUCACCAUAUGUACCAAAAGAACUGCACCAUCACCAUUUGCACCGAAAGAACUGCAUCAUCACCAUUUGCACCAAAAGAACUGCACCAUCACCAUUUGCUCCAAAAGAAUUGCACCGUCACUCUUUACACCAAAAGAAUUGCACCGUCACCAUUUGCACCAAAAGAACUGCAGCAUCACCAUUUGCACCAAAAGAAUUGCACCAUCACCAUUUACAACAAAACGUAACACGCAAUACCUGAUUCGGCAUAUACGUACUGCUCAACGCCUGACUCGUCAUAUGCGUAACGCUCAAGACCUGAUUCGGCAUAUGAGUAACGCCCAAUGCCUGAUUUGGCAUAUGCGUAACGCUCAACGCCUGAUUCGGCAUAUGCGUAUCGCUCAACGCUUGAUUAGGCAUAAGCGUAGAUCUCAUCGCCUGAUUCAGCAUAAGCGUAACGCUCAAUUCCUGGUUCAGCAUAUGCGUAACGCUCAACAACUGACUCAACAUAUGCGUAACGGUCAACGCGUGAUUCGUCCUAUGCGACAAAUUUGGCAUAUGCGUAACUCUCAACACGUAAUUCGACAUAUUCUUAACGUUCACCGCCUAAUUCGGCACAUGCGUAACGCUCAAUACCUCAUUCGGCAUACGCGUAACGCUCAACACAUAAUCCGACAUAUUUUUAACUUUCAACGCCUGAUACGGCAUAUGCGUAACGCUCAACGCCUGGUUCGACAUAUCUGUAACGCUCAAAUACUAAUAAGACAUUACCGUUCAGCGCCUCACGCGGCAUAUGCGGCAAUAAGUUUUCUGUUGCUGCUAAUUCUUCUUUCUUACAGCGACGUAAUUCUCUUCCCCUCUUUUCUUCUCAUUCUUCACAUAUUUUUUCUUUUUCACACCCCGCAUCUAAUCUUUCCCGCGUUGCAUCUUAUUUUUCGCGUUUUUCUCCUCGUCCACCUCGUUUCACCUUUUCCAUAUCCACAUCAAUUUUUUUCUUCUACGUCAUCAGAUUUUUUUAAGUCGUUACGUUUUCUUAUCAGAAAAGAGCAGCUUUCGUUUCCCUUUUGUGAUACGACAUCUCUUUUUUUUCUUUUUAAUUUAUGCUUUCUUUUAUAA